UUAUUCUAUUUUAGACGAUCACUUGCUUCAUUUUCUAACAUUUGGAGGGUCACUCAUCCGUUCUCUGUGAAUUCCUACGUAUUUGUCUACUUAGGCUGCUCAAGAGUACCCUCCGUCUUCAACACUUCCGAUGGCCAAUGCACAGCACUCUGCUGAUGAACCUCUGCUGCCAAGCCUUGCCGAUGGUGAGAACGAGAAGCCAUGUCGUUCCACCUUUGCCGCAUUCUUCAGACUGGUUCUCGGCGUCGCAAUGUGGCUUGUCUUUGGCUUCUGGGUCGUGGUUAUGCUCAUAUCCCCCUUGGACUCUGCCGGGAAUAUGUACCUCGAGAAUUGGACUAAAGUAGCCAGCGGAAGCAUUUACGGGAUCACAGGGAGCAUAUUCUUGGUGUUCAGCGGUCCGGUUCUCCUCAUCGCAUUUCUUGCCAUAGUAAGUCUCAACAUUGCCGGAGAGAAGGAGCUCCAAUGGUAUGAGUCUAGAAAACGACCAAGGUUCCGGUUGCGGACAUUUCCCGUCCUGGUCAGUGGACCACUCGGAGUAGUCUCGGCAGCUGAGUUCGUUGGGAUUUGCCUCUUUGUUUUGUUUGCUUUGUGGGUUGUGUGCGCUUACGCCACAGACAUUCUCGACCAUUUAUGGGAGGGGCUCCAAGCACCUUCCGACGGUAAAUGGUUGGAGAUCUUGGAACGUUCAGGACUCCACCUUGGUUCCAUCGUGAUGUACUGCUUGGCGUUUCUCUUCCUCCCAAUCACUAGGGGAUCUGUUCUUCUUCGUAUCAUAGACAUCCCCUUUGAGCAAGCAACCCGGUAUCAUAUCUGGCUCGGACAUCUCACAAUGUGCUUUAUCACUCUCCACGGGCUAUGCUACAUAAUUAUAUGGGUGAUGCAAGGUGUUCUGCUAGAUAAAAUAGUAGAGUGGACGGAUGAUGGUAUUUCCAAUCUACCCGGUGUCAUCACUAUUUCGGCUGGUCUGCUGAUGUGGGUGACAUCAAUGCCUCCAGUGAGGAAGAAGCAGUUCGAAUUAUUCUUCUACACACACCAACUCUAUGUUGUCUUUGUACUCUUUUUGGCUUUGCACGUUGGAGAUUUCAUAUUUAGUAUAGCUGCUGGAGGAAUUUUCCUUUUCGUGAUCGACCGGUUUCUGAGAUUCUGCCAAUCACGAAGGACUGUGGACGUAAUUUCUGUGACGUGCCUCCCUUGUGGAACUGUAGAGUUGGUUUUCUCAAAGCCAGCAAGUACUGAUAAUUCUGAUCUGAGGUACAAUGCACUGAGCUUCAUCUUCCUUCAGAUCAGGGAAUUGUCCUGGCUUCAAUGGCAUCCUUUCAGUGUUUCUUCUAGUCCUUCGGCAGGGGAUAAUCGUAUCUCCGUUCUCGUGAAGGCCGUAGGGGAAUGGACAGACAAAUUGAAGAGCAAUGUAUCCCAUAUGUACGGUGCAGAAGGAGAAAGAGCGCUGCCCAACCAAUCUUGUUCCAAAAUAAAGGCCUCUAUAGAAGGCCCUUACGGGCACGAAUUACCUUACCAUCUGACAUAUGAAAACCUCAUUCUAGUAGCCGGUGGCAGUGGGAUCGCCCCCUUUUUGGCCAUCUUGGGUGACAUGCUCCAUCUCAAAAAGCAAGGGAAACCAUGCUUACCAAAGAAUGUCAUUGUCAUUUGGGCCAUCAAAAAGUCCGAUGAGCUUCAUCUACUUUCCACUGCGGAUAUGGACUUGAUCUGCCCUAACCUUUCAGAUAGACUUAAUCUUGAAGUUUGUGUUUAUGUCACUCGGGAAUCAGAUCCUCCAUUGGAGGAAGGUAACAACAGCGAGGGCUUUACCUGUUCCGUGUCUUCUCUAUUAAGGGGAAGAGGCAUGUCCGUUCUAGUUGGGACGGGAAACAGUAUUUGGUCUGGACUUUAUAUCAUCUCAUCCGUGAUCGGGUUUACUGUAUUGAUGGCCCUGCUGGACAUCUUCUACAUAAAUCCUUUUAACAUAGUCACAUGGUGGUACAGAGGCCUCCUGUUUGUAGUGUGCAUGCUUGCCAGUGUAAUCCUAUUUGGAGGCCCUGUCAUCUAUUUCUGGCAUCGCUGGGAAAAAACAGUUCUUGCUGCAGAGGAAGCUGAGGAUGCUGAGAAGGACAACAGGCCGCAGCAGAGUGAGAGUGUCCACACAAACAUAAUGCAGGACAACUUCGCCCCAGAAUAUCGCUCUGUUUCAAGGAGUAUACAUUACGGAGCUAGACCGAACUUUGAAGAAAUCUUUAAAUCAGUGUCCGAGCGCUGGGGCAAUGUUGAUAUUGGCGUGAUCGUGUGCGGUCCUAUGACUCUUCAGUCGAGUGUUGCCAAACAAUGCAGGUCGCAGAACUUGAGGAGGGGGUCGCUUGGCCCAGUCUUCCAUUUCAACAGCCAUAGUUUUGAUCUGUAGUUGACUUUGUUGCAUCUACCUCGCCCGUGCCAAACUCGGCAGAUCCAAUCGGGAGGAUCGAUAAAAGCCUAUGCUAGUAAUGCAAGGUACUGCAGACAACGAAUGUCAUCCUGACUAUUAAGGGUGUGCAACGAGGACCGCCUGGACCAGACCGGACCGAUCGAUUUUGGGCGGUCCGGUUCCCGGUUUCAAGAUGGGA